AAGCAGUGCAGCCGAGAGAAACGCUACCGAAUGAAGAGAAUGGACUGUUAGGAAUAAAGUAAUACAAUUUCAAGUUACAAAUAUUACAAUUUAGAAUGCAAAUGUUUGUCGGUGGAGUGUGAAAUGUAACACGUGUGAAACGUGAACAUUUGUGCGCAUGCGCUGACACUUCCUCGGCAGCAGGUAAACUAAACCACCAUGGCGGCGAGAGGCCAUGUGCAAGACCCCAACGACCGGAGACUCAGACCCAUAUACGACUACCUGGACAAUGGCAACAACAAGAUGGCCGUCCAGCAGGCGGACAAGCUGCUGAAGAAGCACAAAGACUUGCACUGCGCGAAGGUGCUGAAGGCCAUCGGCCUCCAGCGGACGGGCAAGCAGGAUGAAGCCUUCUCCCUGGCCCAGGAGGUCACCUCCCUGGAGCCCACGGACGACAACUCCUUACAAGCGCUCACCAUCCUCUACAGGGAGAUGCAUCGGCCCGAGCUGGUGACCAAACUGUACGAGGCGGCGGUGAAGAAGGUCCCGCUCAGCGAGGAGUACCACUCUCACCUCUUCAUGGCAUACGCCCGCGUUGGCGAGUACAAGAAGAUGCAGCAGGCGGGAAUGGCCUUGUACAAAAUCGUCCCCAAGAAUCCGUAUUACUUCUGGUCCGUCAUGAGUCUGGUAAUGCAGGCCAUCUCAGCACAGGAUGAAAAACUAUCCCAAACCAUGUUCCUCCCCCUGGCGGAACGCAUGGUGGAGAAGAUGGUGAAAGAAGACAAAAUUGAAGCAGAAGCAGAGGUGCAGCUCUACUUUAUGAUCCUGGAGCGCUUGGGAAAAUGCGAGGAGGCUUUGGAAGUGGUCAGGGGUCCGCUCGGAGAGAAGCUGACCAGCGAGCUUCAGAGUCGAGAGAGCAAGUGCAUGAUGUUGUACCGACGACUUCGGCGCUGGCCCGAGUGCAACGCCCUGGCCCACAAGCUCCUGCUCAAGAAUCCUGACGAUUGGCAGUUCUACCUGGCCUACUUCGACUCGCUCUUUCACCUCAUGGAUCAGUCGUGGAGUCCGCCGGCGGAAGGAGAACACUGCUCGGAGGGCGCGGUGCACCACACGGUGGAAGAAGUGGUGAGGUUCGUGGAGGAGCGGAUCGCCGGCGAGGACGACAAAGACGCUCGCUCGCUGCGAGGUCCUUACCUGGCGCGUCUGGAGCUCAUGUGCCGGCUGCGAGAGCGCGACCUUCCCCAAGAAAGCCUGCUCGGAGAGCCUUUGGAACUGAUGGUGCAGUUUUUCGUCAAGUUCGGCGACAAGCCUUGCUGCGUCACGGACCUCAACAUUUACCUCCACCUGCUCGCCGCAGACCGGCACGUGCAGUUCGUCAAUCGGCUGAGCGAGGCCGCCCCGCUGGGCCGGCGAGGACCCGACGGCUCGGCCUUCCCGGACGACACCAAGGCGCUGCAGAGGCAUUUGUGCGUGUGUCAGCUGAGUCGGGCGCUCGGCCUGCAUCACGCCCUCGACGCCGCCGCUAAGCUGAGGCUCAUCGCGGAGCUCAAGGCGCACUACCGGCACGGCCUCAAGUUUGGGAAGAACGCUCUGAAGACGGAGCUGCAGUUUUCCGACAUGUAUUGCCUGAUGGCGGCUCACGUCUACAUCGACUUGUGGACGGAAAGCGGAGACGAGAUGGCGGCGUGGCAGAGUCUGGGCCUCCUCCACGAAGGUUUGUCCAACAGCCCGUCCAACGCUCAAUUCAAGCUGCUGCUGCUGCUCCUCUACUGCCGCCUGGGCGCCUUCGAGCCGGUGGUGGACCUCUACGCCAGCCUGGACGCCAAGCACGUCCAGCACGACACCAUCGGGUUCCUCCUGACGCGCUACGCCCAGUCCUUGGGACAGUUUGCCGCCGCGUCGCAAGCCUGCAACUUCUCUCUCAGGUUUUUCCACUCCAACCAGAAAGAUACCUCCGAGUACAUCAUCCAGGCGUACAAGUACGGCGCCUUCGAGAAGAUCCCAGAGUUCAUCGCCCUCAGGAACAGGCUGAACCAGUCGCUGCACUUCGCCCAGGUCCGCACCGAGAGGAUGCUGCUCGACUUGUUCCUGGAGGCCGAUAUUGUGUUGAGUCUGGAGGAGAGUGUGAAGGCCAUGUGUUUGUCUGCAGAGGAGGAUGACAUUCCCUGGGACAACAUGAGGGACAACAGAGACCUCACAGUGUUCACCUGCUGGGACCCCAACGAGCGGAAGUUGAGCGAGGAGCAUCGGCGGCGCUCCCUGGAGGAAGAGCGCGUGUGGCUGCGGUUACGCUCCCUCACGCUGCGACUCCUCGCCCUGGUGGCGGCGCUGGGGCACAAAACCUCGCCGCAGAACUCCCCGGCGGCCACCGAGAACGGCGUGGCGGACAAGUCGUCCGCGCUGCGCGGCCUCCUGGCGCAGCUCAGCCGGAACCUGCUGACGGCCGCGCAGCUGGCCGAGAGGCGCGCGCAGUACCCCUUCCUGGGACCGCCCGCCGCCCGUCUGGCUGCCGCCCUGUCCAGCGGCAGCUGCCAGUGUCAAGCGGCAGCUCUGCAGCUGUCGCUCCACGUGCACGAACUGGACGCCGUCGGACUCGACGAGUCAUCGGAGCUGCAAAUGCAGAUGUGCAACGCCUUCAAGUCGCUCGCCGGUCAGCUUCAAGAAAUGCUGAAUAAAUGCAAAGGAGACCUUCUGGACAUGAAAGAGGGCAAAUUAAAAAUCCGACCGUCCUUAUUAGAAAACCUCAUCUUCUUUGUGGAGACGGUGUGCGUGGUCUUGUGGGUCGCCAGCUACUGCACCAAAGUCCUGCGGCCGCUCAAGUCCAGCCUACAGAAGAAGAAGAAGAAGAAAAAGGACGCAAGCGCAGCUCAGCCGGCGGUGGUGUGCGGCUUCCAGGAACUGACGGCGAGCUUGCAGGACGUGCUGGCCCGGGCCCUGGAGCACAUCAGGGGACAGGAAGCUGGAAUAACGGCGCUCAAACUGGCCGACUUGUCCCUGGAAGGAUCCACAGAGGAGGAGUCGUCGUUCACGAGGGCGGCCGUGGACAAGCUGCAGAGCAGUCACCUGCGUUCGCUGCAGGAGGCGGCCGAGCUGCUCAAGAAGCGAGCGGACACUGUGAAGAACCUCAAGAUCUGAACGCCGCCGCGCCGGAUCCUUUUUCAUCUGUUUGCCCUGAACGCAUUUCCGGAACACUCUUCUCACUCGCGUACGCGCACGGACACGCGUACGCCUAUCAUGAAGUCACGUGGUGACCUUCACACGCUCAUUUUUAGCCCAACUAGUAAAUUAUUGUACAUAGUAGCUGAGAGUCCAAUAAACCACUAUUUCCUUUGCCCGCUCA